AUGCAGCAUCACAACCUGCCCUCCGAUCCUCUGAAGAUCGUCUUCCAGCUGGCGGUAUUUUUUCUGCUAUUGGUGCCUGGAAUUUUGUGGGCGAUUUUGAAAAAAUUCAUACCGGUGAAGCCAAAAUGCGUCAAAGGAGAAGUCGUGUUGAUCACCGGUGCUGCUCGGGGAAUAGGACGUGAACUUGCCACUAGGUUUGGUAAAUUGGGUGCAAAAGUUGCUUGCGUGGAUAUCGAUGAAUUGGGAAACGAAGAAACUGCUCAAAUAAUAAAAGAUUGUGGGGGCGUGGCCACUAGUUACAAAUGUGACGUUUCGAAAAAGGAUCAGAUCAAAGUUCUGCACUCGACGGUAAGAGCCGAUUUGGGUCCAGUUGAUAUAAUCAUCAACAAUGCUGGAAUUGUGUGGGGAAAUUUAUACAUCGAUCCAGAAAAGGAUCAGUUCAUCACGGACCAGGUCAAUGUCAACCUAAUGGCUCAUAUUUGGAUGAACAGGGAAAUUCUUCCAUCGAUGCUGGAGAGAAACCAUGGACAAAUCGUAGCCAUGUCUUCGAUGUCUUCGAUGUCCGGUAUAGCUAAUAUUUCCACGUACACGGCUACCAAAUGGGGUUUGAACGGUAUGAUGGAAUGUUUGCACAACGAGUUGAAACAGUUCAACACUGACGUAAAGACCACGAAUAUAUUGCCUUAUUUUGUGGAAACUAACCCUAAAGUUUCGUCGACGUUAGAUCUCAGACUACCCGAAAUACCGACAAGCGUAGCCGGUAGUGAAAUGAUGAAAGGGAUAUUGGAAGAGCGGAGGAUAUUCUCUGUUCCUGGCCACAUGCUGACAAUGGUGCCGAUCAUUAGGCUGUUGCCGGACAACUUGCAAACCCUCUUCAACAAUAUAUUUCACGUCAGAAUCCAAAGAGAACCUUCGGGCGAAUUAAUUUUAAAUAAGUAUAAGCGAUAA